UCUUCGAUUUGUUUUGCGAGGCGAGAAAAUCGGUUAAUCGAUCGCGCAUUUGCAAGUUUUUCUUCUGGUGCCUUUUAUCCGUGCUUUGAGGUUUACCUUUCCGCUUCUCGCACGUGCGGACGACUAUGUGCUGUAAGACCACAUUACGACAAUAAUGUCAGUCAUCUUAUAAGCAAGUUCGAAGUUCGAAAGUAUUCUAAAAAUAAUAGCAUGGCAGCGCCACAGUUGUACGGGGAAGAAGUGUACGUUAGAAGACGGGGGGAAGAAUAUCCGCCUGUAUCGAUGGUAAACGGUCGUCAUGUUUACCUAAACGAUUCAGCGAUUUUCUACGAUAGUGCUGAGAGUAUACCGGCGAACGUAACAUUUCGCAAUCGCCGCCGAUACAAUGAAUCGCUCUCGUCACUAAACGAGUCGGAUUACGGUGUUCCGUACGAUUCGACGGCCGACGAAUAUCAGGAUGAGGAACCGAUUACGAUCAACAAGCAACAUGUGGCCAGCUCGUUGUCCCGAUUCGGUGCCAUACUCCAAAUGCUAUCGAAAAUUCCAUUCCCGCGCAUGUCGGUCACCGGAAUGGGCCUCAGCUCUCUCGUCGCCAUCUUCAUCUGUCCGCGAACCCUCGGUGCCAACAUUCUGUUUCCCGGUUUCAGAUUAUUGUUCGGAACGCUCUAUCCCGCCUAUGCAUCAUACAAAGCGGUCAGGACCAAAAAUGUCAAGGAAUAUGUCAAAUGGAUGAUGUAUUGGAUAGUGUUUGCGUUCUUCACCUGCAUCGAGACGUUCACCGACAUACUGCUUUCGUGGUUCCCGUUCUACUACGAGAUCAAAGUCAUCAUCGUCCUAUGGCUGCUGUCGCCGGCAACCCGGGGCAGUUCGACACUGUAUCGCAAAUUUGUACAUCCGAUGCUAACCCGACGGGAACAGGAAAUCGAUGAUUACAUCAAUCAAGCCAAAGAAAAAGGAUACACAGCAGUGCUGCAAUUGGGUUCGAAGGGCGUCAACUACGCCACAAACGUGAUUAUGCAAACGGCAAUCAAGGGUGGUGGCGGUUUGGUGCAGACGCUGCGCAAAAGCUACAGCUUGAGCGACCUCUCGGAACCGGAUACGCAGCGCACUCAGGAGGAGAUUGACGAACUGAUCCGGCCCCAGCGGGUGCUGCGCUCCAAGAGCGCUCGAUCCUCUUCCGGUGGUCGCCACGUGGAAAUGUAUUUCCCCGAAGUGGAGAUAGCUGGGACACCACACCGCACUCCACCACCGUAUAACUAUAUUCGAUCCUCAGACGAUAUCAGUUCAGGAUACUCGAGUGCAGAGCCAGGGUUGAGUCGAACGGCUUCGAUGAGCAACACCGCCAGGCCCCGCGUUAAAUCCAAAACUCGUGAGGAUGAUGACGAGGUUUUCUACAGCGAUCGGGAAACAGCCCGAUCCUACGGAACUAGUUCUCAGUUCAUUCAUCCUGCCACAUUAUAUGAAAUUCCUUCAAGUCCUCUUCCUGCAAUCACAGAAGCUAGCCAUUCUCCUAAUCCUAAUGAACCGCCAAUUUUCUCGUCUCAGUUCCCUCUAGCAGGAGCAAGAGCAACUCCACAUUCACUUACACCAGAGAUGGGACAAAAGUAUGAACUGUUUCUGCAAUGGAUGGAAUCCCAAAAAGAGAGCAAGCCAAUAAGUGAAGAUCAGAAGCUUCCAACAGAAUUAAUAAUUGAUUCUCAUAAUGCAGAAAUCGAAACUAAAGGGCUCACAGAUGUGGAAACGAUGCCAGCCGACGACAUUCCCUUCAUUGAUGAUACUUUACCCAAUGAGGAAGAACAGUUUUCGACAUGUGCACCGAUGAUGGCACCUAUUCCGGAGGCGGAACAAUCAGAGAACAGUUUUGCAGACGACGUGUUUCGUGAUACAAUAUCCGUAUCGAGUGAAGAUGAAUUUCAAGAGUUAGAGCAGGAUGAGAUAGUUGCAGAGUCGACGGUUGAAAUUACGACUGCUCUAAACAAUUCAAAAGACAUAAUUGAAACUAAUAAAAAUGUAGAUACCGAAAUUGAUGUAGUAGAAUCAGUAACUGAUAAAACUAUGCCAACUGUUCUGGAGGUAAUUGAAGAGGUUACUACUACGGAACCGUUAGCAACUACUGUGGAACCGAUUAUAAUUCGUGUUGAUACUAAUGAUACAAAUCCACAUCUAGGUUCCAAACACAAUGAUAUAAGCAAAGAAGAAGCUCUCAGCAAUGUUUUGAGGGAAAACGCGAAAGAUAAUCCUAAUACCGAAGUAUCUAUUUCUGAGAAAUCUGAUCUCUUCAACGAAAGCCCAAUACAACUCUCAGUAUCGGUGUCCAAUUUAACAUCCUCCACAUCAUCCCUUGCGGUUUCGGAAGCCGGCAAUCAAAUGGACGAUUCUUCGGGUAGAAAAUCUUCUCAUGGGAAACGAAAAGCACCUCCCAUCCCAAUAGCAUUCAAGCCGGAAUCAUUCGUUCCUACUGUUGAUCCUCCAGUGAUCCCACCCAAGGCAAACAAAGAGCAGGAGUUAAAGAAACUUCCGGCUCGGGAAGCUGUCCCCGAAAACAAAGACAAAAAGAACAAAUCGAAAAAAUUAAUGAGUUCUCUAACUGGAAUUUUCAGACAUGAAACUUCUCCAUCCACAGUGGUUCCUACUGGUUCCGUCACUGGAGCUCGAUCCGGAGAUUCUUCGCUUCCCAAAGAAACUGAAAUAUGAAAAAAAAAACGUUUUCCUUUAUCCCUUCUCCACAACGCUACCCUCUCUGAGAACCAGUUCUGAUUAUCGUCGACAAGUCAAUAGAUAUAUGAAGCGAGAUGCUUUUCGUUUGGAUUUACCCUCAGUUGAGAAAAUGUCCGCUAGUUGCACCACAUUACCUCGUUCCAAAAAGGCGGAAAAAGUCAUCAAAACACGUACGAGAACGGAAAAGUAAAUGGUUGGUGUACAGCCGGGAAAGAAACGACGGUGGGUUUGAUUACGAUUGUUUCGGUAUUUAUUUACGAAGACUCUAUCUUCAGAUUUAAGUUCCAUGCCCUUAGUUUAUGUGUUACGAUAUGGGUUUUAAAACUCGAAAGGUGCUUUUCUAUGACUUCACACGAAUGAUGUAAGCACAAAGAAUAAGAGCUUAAAUGCGCCGCAAUAGAUACUGCUUCACACUGGCUAAAUAACUCGGUACAAAAGGUUAUUGAACCAGUGAACCAUUCAGUAAAAUGUCAACAAUAUAUAUAGAUUUUUAAAAUUAUAAAAUUUAAACCAUCUAUUAAACAACUCUAGGAUAUGGUUAAGAUGAAAGCAUUUAUAAUAAAUGAGUAAUUACCAAUAACAUGUAAGGAAUGCCAAAAUCUGAAACAACAAGAUAAAUUACUGAUUAUUAGGAAAUGGAACUGAUUAGUGAAAAGAAUUUAUCUCAAUGUAAUAACCGAUAAGUGAACCUCCGUUUUGUUAUGAUCUCCCUCUGAACAGAGUAACUCUUCUACACAAACAUGAAUCUGAAACUACGAGUGUAUCGCAAUUGAUGGAAUGUUUAACCGACAGAACAAGAACCAUCACUAAUUUGCCAUUUGCCACUUCCAUUUCAAAAGCUCAUAAUGCCGUAUAGAUUAGAUUCAAUUGUUACAUCUGCUUGAGAAAUUUUAUUAAGUUCAUGCUAGCGCAAUAGCGAGUGUUAUUUGAUUUUGGAAGUUAGCUUAAUAAUUUAAAAUAACCGUCAAAAGUUUCAAAUUAUUUGUGUGCCACCAGACAUAUCCCUGAUACAUUUAGCUGAUAACAAACGUUCAAUUAGUUUGGAAGUUACAUAGUAGAGAACCAGAAGUGUUGCCACACUUGCGAGAAUCGAGAAUCGAUUCAUUGGAACCAAUUACGAUGAAAUAGAACGAAACAAAAAUUAUCCGAAGAUAAACUCCUGUUGAAAAGAUGCGUAAAGAUACAAUUAUAGUUAAAAUAAACGGAAAGGUUUUGUGCGUACUGUAAUUUCAAUGAUAUAUUUGUAAUCGAUAGCGAAACCAUUGCAUUAAAAACAUCUGAUUCUAGGUUGAACGAACACAAUUGCAACAAAUUUAAGAAAGCUUCAAGAUAAGUCACUGCAUCUGUUGGUUCGAGAUGGAAAUGGAAGACUAUUUACCGAGACGUAGUUCUAAAAUUACACAUAUUAUAAACUGCUCGUAAUGCUCAAGAACAAAAUGGAGGAAGAGAGUUUAUUUUUGGCACAAUAUGCUCUGGUAUGUUCAGGUUGCGUACAAUGUAAACGGAACUCGGAGGACCGAUACAGAGUAAAUGGUUGAUGAGAAAUAAAUCUUGAUGAGAAAAAUUA